GAGAAGAAACCAGAAACCAUGAACUGGUCUGGCUUUGAAGACCUCCUCGGUGGAGUGAACAAAUACUCCACCGCCUUUGGACGUAUCUGGCUCUCCGUAGUCUUCAUCUUCCGGUUGCUGGUCUACUUAGUGGCUGCUGAGAAGGUCUGGGGAGAUGACUCCAAGGACUUUGACUGCAACACACAGCAGCCCGGCUGCCCCAAUGUCUGCUAUGAUCUCUACUUCCCCAUCUCCCACAUCCGUCUCUGGGCUUUGCAACUCAUCCUUGUGACUUGUCCUUCUUUGAUGGUUGUCAUGCACGUCGCCUACCGGGAGGCCAAGCUGAGGAAACAUUUGGAGAAAGUUGGCCACGAUGCUAGGCCACGCUAUCCCCCAGGCAAGAAGCGUGGGGGCUUAUGGUGGACCUACUUCAUCAGUCUCCUUACCAAAGCUUUCGUAGACAUUAUUUUCCUCUACAUCUUCUACCGAGUGUACCCAGACUACAGGCUCCCCACUCUGGUGAAAUGCGGCCUGCCCCCUUGUCCGAACAUGGUUGACUGCUACAUCGCUAGGCCAACAGAGAAGAACAUGUUUACCCUUUUCAUGAUCAUAACAGCCUGUAUCUGCAUUCUCCUAAGCCUCGCCGAAGCCCUCUACCUUGUUGGAAAGAGGUGUAAGGAGAACCUUCAGGUCAGAAGCGAAAGUCACAGUAGACACGACGGCGAGGUAUUCUCCCUCAGAAAAGACCCUCUCAGCAAACAGGACAGAGUUGAAGUGGGUCCUCAGGUCUUCCGAGGGACAGAUUACAAGCCAUACACCUCACCCCUCAUCAAUGUCACCGAAUGUGACGAACCAGAGCCAUCCAAGCAGGAAAAGCUAGGGUAGCUUCUCCAAUGGGGUGGACAGAGGCUGUAAGGCAGGAUCAGAAUGACCUUCAUCCCCUGUCAACACCUUGUAUCUGCUACAGGGAGGAUGUGAAUGGGAUGGAAAGGGGGUAAAUCAGCAGGGAAAACAGAUUACUAGUCCAAUGUUUCACCCUGGCUCUAGUGACCUAUGUCAGCCAUUAAGGCAUUGAGCUGGGGGUUGGACUCAAUAGCCUUAUAGGCCCCUUCCAACUCAGGUCUUCUAUGAUUCUGUGAAUAUCUCAGGUUUUAGGGUUUCCCAGGGCCCAUAUUUAAUUUAAGGACACCAUGAGUGGGACCUCAACAAAGUGUGAUCGCAUGGACGCUUUGCUCAUAUUUAGGAUUUACAGCCAGGCAGUCACUUCCUCUGCCAGGAUAUUACCUUUUCUUUCUGUGCGGUUUUCUGUCCACCCCUCGGAACAUUUGGUUAGCUUCCUAUGGCGACUGAACAAAUCGGUUUACAAGGGGCAGUUUUGGGAUUUCCUCCCCACCUCUCUCCUGCUCGCUUUUA